CAAUACUUUAGUCAAUACGCAGUUGUAAAACACAAGUAUAGUUGUUUUCGACAGAAGACGGAACGGAUCAUUCAGUCACAUAUCCAUCAGCUGAAGAUGACUUUUUGCAAAAAUGCGUUGUCCAAACUGUGAAGUAGAGAGUGGUCCAGGUACCAAAUUCUGUCCGGAAUGCGGCAAAGGUUUAUUGCCUUUAACAUCAGCUAAGACAUGUCAGAGUAAAAAGAAUGAUGGAACUAUAUGUGGGCAAGUUCUUCAAGAUGGAAUAAAAUUUUGCCCCUCAUGCGGGAAACCUGUUGAAAAGAUUGUUACAUGUAGGCAUUGUAAUUCCAAUCUUGGCGCUAACUCAAGCUUUUGUCAAAACUGUGGAAAACCAGUCUUAGACACAAAGAAAGAAAUUCCAGAACAAGAUAUACAACAGAGACAGGGGGAUCUAGUGGCACCAUCUGAGGAAAUAAAGGAACCUGGGUCCUCAAAUGAAGAAGAAUUCGGCUCGAUCCCAUUUAUAGAUGCAGAUGAGGACCCAGAAACGAUACCAAAAGGAACAGAACAUGAUGAUAAUGACUCGUCACAGUCUGAGGAGGAGGAGUGGUUCGACGCCAUAAAUGAAGUUGAUGAAACAAAUGAAGAAGGGCAAGAGACACAAGAUUCACCGAGACCUAAAGGUGAAGAUGAAAGGAAACAAGAAUUGCAGUUACAACAACCUGAUGAUCAUACGCCUCAAAAGGAUGCCAAUGUAAAGACGAAAAAAGAAAUGCCAAUCGAAAGUGCAAUUACUGAAAAAAACAGCGAAGAUGAAUUUCAACAUGUUGAAAUAACUCCUUCAAAAAAAGCGAAUGUUUCUACUGAAAACUUUGGCAAUCAAUAUAAACAGCCGGCAAUGGGAUUUGAAACUGAUGUAGAUUCUUUCCAGCAGUCAAUGAUUUAUCAGGCCGUUGAAGAAAACUGGAUUCGUAUUAAUUUCCAUGCUCUUAUUGCUCCAAAUAUGAAGUUCGAUCAUCAGACAGACAUCGUAGUUUUACAUAUGUGGACCAAAAAUGGAAAUGGUGGAGCAGUACAAUGGAACAAACCAAUGACAUUUGAAGGAACUCACUUAGAAGCCCAGGGAGUGGCGGAAGUUAAAUUCGAAGUUGACCUUCCUAAAUCGGAUGUAUUCAAUGCUAGAAUAAGUUACAAGUAUUUUGUCGAAAGGAACAGUGAGAAACAUGAUGGUACCAAGCGCAAAAGCGUGUGGGAAUGCCUUUAUGGAAACAAAUCUGACAAUGACAGAAGACAGUUACAUGUUGACAAAUCAUCUGAAGGACUUGGUAUACUUGUUAACUUGAAUUUUAUUGGAUCCCCAUUCUUUACCACAAUUAAAAUAAAACAGUUACAUAAUUACAAGUAUUAA